CUUGGCAGCGCCGUUGGGAUUGGGGGAAGAGGGCCCCGGCUGGAGGUGACGCUGAGGCGGCGAGGGUGAGUGGUGGCCGGCCGCUACCGCACUUCGGGCGCUCGUCCCUCAUUUCUCUGUGGUGAAUGGCGACGGGAUGGAGCGCGAGGGGAGCGGCGGCAGCGGCGGGUCGGCCGGGCUCCUGCAGCAGAUCCUGAGCCUCAAGGUUGUGCCGCGGGUGGGCAACGGGACCCUGUGCCCCAACUCUACUUCCCUCUGCUCCUUCCCAGAGAUGUGGUAUGGUGUGUUCCUGUGGGCACUGGUGUCUUCUCUGUUCUUUCAUGUCCCUGCUGGAUUACUGGCCCUCUUCACCCUCAGAUAUCACAAAUAUGGUAGGUUCAUGUCUGUAAGCAUCCUGUUGAUGGGCAUCGUGGGACCAAUUACUGCUGGAAUCUUGACAAGUGCAGCUAUUGCUGGAGUUUACCGAGCAGCAGGGAAGGAAAUGAUACCAUUUGAAGCCCUCACUCUGGGCACUGGACAGACGUUUUGCGUCGUGGUGGUCUCCUUUUUACGGAUUUUAGCUACCCUAUAGCAUAUAUCCUUGUGCUGAGAUGUUGAACCUAAACUUUAUGGAAUCCUCCAGAAGAAUACAUUAUGGAGUGUAGUGUUUUCUUAGUUCUUCAAAGGGAAGCAACUUGGAUGAACAGGAACGUGAAGGACAACAUCUCAGCCUUUUCUUCAUUUUGAAGCUCCUAGAAUUGAAGACUUAUGUGGACUCCUAUCGUUCUCAACCAAAACAAGCCUUUUGGCUUUCUUUUUUGUAGAUAUUUAAUUUAAGCAGUUUUCACAUGUACCUUUACCCAAGCCAAGUCAACAGUGUCUCUGGGGUGGCAUCCUUUGCACUGAAAUUUACAGUAUUCUGUGAGAUGUCGCAUAUUUUGAAGAAACUAUGGAAGAUACUGGUUUAUUUCAAAUAAGCAGAGUAUGUUGUAUUAAAAUCUUACCUAAUCUUGAUUAAAAUUUGGCAAACUCUUUUCUUUACUAAAUCUUAGUGACAGUAAAUGCCAAAUAGGUUUUGGUUAAGUAUAGUUUUAAAAACAAAUUUGGUGAAAUAAAACAGGAAAAAAAUUUUAAGUA